GCGUUUGUGUCCCAGAUGGACUCCCAGACCAAAACAGGGAAGGCUUACCUCCAACCACACAAGGCCGGAAAAAAAUGGAAGCCGGUGUGGUUGUCUCUCUUCCCUCACAGCAGCAGUGCAGUGGGUCGCCUGGAGAUCCAGGAUAUUGGAGGUGGCGCUGCUGGAGCCGACUAUAGUCCUGGGGCCAGGAGACACCACCAGCCUCAAGACAGAAAGAUGAAGGUGGUCCGGCUGUCCGAGCUGAUCAGCGUCCUCAGACUCCCCCCGAACGCUGAGGCUUGUCCCACGGAGAACAUGUCCGCUUUCUGCGUGGAGACUCAGGACAGGACGAUGGUGUUCGCUGCGCUCAAAGACGACUGUGUGGAGUGGGUGGAAAAACUGUGUCAAAGCACGUUUCAGAGAGGCGGUGUUUCAGGCUCCACUCAGCUUCGGAUGGAGGAGAACCAGAUAUAUGCUUCAGCAGAAGAAGCGUCCGAGUUCUGGGUGGUGGUUCAGAGGACUGAUGCAGCGGCCCGUUGCGGCCUGCAGGGGUCGUACUUGCUUCAGGUUGGAACAGAGGCACUGCUGCUGAGAGAAACCCAGAAGAAGAGUACUGUGAGAGAGUGGCCGUACGAGCUGCUGAGGCGGUACGGGAGAGAUAAGCUGGCGUUCACCAUCGAAGCGGGGCGACGCUGUAAAUCUGGUCCUGGUACGUUCACCUUUGAGACUCAGCAGGCUGAGAAGAUUUUCUCCCUGAUCCAGAGCACCAUCAAACGGAAGACUUCACCUGUUACCUUAGGCUCCUCGGAGGUUGAGAAAGUGAUCGGCAACAUCCAGGCCCACUCCCCGCUCCCCAAAGUCCCUGAUCUGAGUGCGAUCCUGGAGAACACACUGAGGACGCAGGAGAAGAAACACACCACCUCCGAGGAGAGUUUAGAGGAUGUUGUAGGUUCACCUGAGCGUGUGUCAGCCCAACCACCUCCUAUCACCCUCAUGCCUCUUCCGUUAAUCCCAACAGAUGGCGGCGGCUCUGUCAGCCAUCAUGGCGGCCAAUCAGAGGUUGUUUACGCUGACCCUGCUGACUGCCUCAAACCGGCACCAAAGCCUCACCCGCCCACGGCUCUGUACGUAGAUCCCGCCGAUUUUCUCCCCCUCAAACCUCCCAGCUCAGGAGAAUCUGUCAGUCCUCUUCCGAUCUCCUCCGCCUCGCAGCCCGAGCUCAACACUGCUCACCCUGAUCCGGUCUACUCAGAGGUGUACGACAAAAUCCAUCUGGUCCAAAACAAAGAGACCGUGAUUCAGAGCCGAGGAGAGGUGAAGCGUUACGCAGACAAUGAACCGAUUUACACUGAACCCGUGGCCAAAAAAGGGGAGGCGACUCAAAAACAGGAGAUCAAACCCGACCCGUUUGCCCACCUGUACGCUCAAGUCAACAAAACACCAUCAUCGUCUUCUAACGCCGCUCCUUCCUGCUCUGCGUCCUCUUCCUCUGCUUCUGUCGGUCUGAGCUCAAUGUUUGCUGCAGAUCACGCUCUGGAUGACGUGAUCUAUGAAAACCUGGGCAUCAUUUAAGGAACGAAAAUCCAGCUAUGAUGAAACUUCACAUCGAGAGCAUUUCUCCUGCAUGGACACGCUUUCAUUUCUGUUUGUGCACAAACCUUGUAAACAAGCUCAAUUUAAACACAUUUCAUAUUUAGCUUUCUGAGCUAAUCAGUAUUUAUGUUUUUGUAUUUUUAAAUCAUGAGGAUGAAAGUAUGUCAAAGUAUUAUUUCAAACUUUCUUGUGAGAUGGUUUUACUGUUUAUGUUAGAAAUGUAUUUUUAAGUGAGUAUGUCAUGAGGAUAGUUUUAUGUUCAGUGCUGUUUACUGAGUAUUCUUUGUGUUCAUAGAGAGUCACUGACCGUGUUUGACCUUCUGUUUUCAGAACAAACUAUACUUCUUUUAUACCGAUGUGUUUCUAAUAUUGUAAAUAGGAUGACAUGUUUUUUGGUAAGACGAGACAGUGUUUUAUAUUUUUAAAAUUUCUCACUGAAUUUUGUAUUUUUCUGAUCUGAAUAUAAAAAAGGAUAUUAAAUACUGACACAUGAAA